UUUCUCCCGCCACAGAGCUACGUCAGAGUCUCCUGUCGUGGAAAACCUAAAGUGAGUCUUGCUUUUGCUCUGCUUAGGAGGACAUUGAUUUCUUCACACAAUGGCAGUGAUUGGCCGAUCUGUUCGCUCCGCUCUGCGCCUCUUGGCCUCCAGACCACUCACCAAGAAUGCCAUAAGCCGGGGCUACGCAGAGGGCAACGAGAUGGCCUUCACCUUCGCCGCCCCCAACCAGGUGUUUUACAACGCUGCCAACGUAAGGCAGGUCGAUGUCCCAUCCUUCAGCGGCAGCUUUGGUAUCCUUCCCAAGCACGUACCAACCCUGGCUGUCCUGAAGCCUGGCGUGGUCACUGUCCUCGAGGCCGACGGCAGCCCCAAGCGCUUUUUUGUUUCCAGCGGCUCUGUCACCAUCAAUGAGGAUUCCAGUGUGCAGGUCCUGGCCGAAGAGGCCGUCCCAGUCGAGCACCUGGAUGCUUCCGCUGCCAGGGAUGCCCUGAGCAAGGCCCAGAGCGCUCUCAGCUCUGCCUCUGGUGAAGCUGCCAAGGCCGAGGCACAGAUUGCCAUUGAGGUUGCUGAGGCUGUCGUGAAGGCGUGCGAGUAAAUUUGUGUUACGAGUAGAAGAAAACUGUUGUUGUUCACACAUUCAUUCUGUUUUAGAUGAAAAUGAAAUUAAUUUGUAAAUAAAACACUUCUCCAUAUAUUAAA